AUGAGAGCCACUUCACCCUCAAUUAAAUCCGACCACCGUCAAGCUCUCCGACCAGCGAUUUGCUCCGCCAACUCCCACUGUCAAUUCGAACCUCCAUUGAUUCAAGCUACCUCCAUCUUGGGCUCAAGCAACUCCAAUGGAACUCUAUCUCCACACCAUUUAGAACAGAAGAAGGUAAAGAUCAGCGCAAGCGAGUGGGGCAAACAAAAACACAAUCUGCAAUCGAUUGAUUGGUCUGCUUUCUUCAGAAAAAAGAUAUUGUUGGUCACAAUUGAUUCCUGGGGACAUUAUUCUAUGCUAUUGAAGUCACCGUUGCCGAGGAGAUGUUUAAGUAUAAUUGUGGAAAACAUACCUAAGACAUCACAUCAGCCAAAAAAAGAUAAUUUCUCUGAAGUGAACAAUCUGGAAUCAAAACAUUGGAAUGAAUCUUGCAAGGAUAUGCAAUCUUCACUUUUUAGAAUUGCGGAAGCCAUUUUGUUACGAAGAUUGAUUUUUUGUCUAAGAUCUGAGUUUAUUUUGAGGCUAGAUUCAUUAAACAUGAUUUGCGAAAUUGUCGGGAUUUGCGAAAGAUUAAAGUUGCUAACCGAUGAAUUAAUUAUACUGGUUUCGAUC